GACCAGGUAGUUGGACGAUCAAAACAUUACUGUUAAUUAAAGAAAACCAGGCAUCUCAAGUAACUGAAUAUAGCACUUCCCUAUGUAUGAGAAGAUGCAGAAGUUUGGGCUCAUCGAAAUCAUUCCUUUGAUAUGUACCUCAGCUCUCUGGGGCCAGUAUCCUGUGCUUUCUCAUCCUGAGUCUCCCCAGGGUGCACCCCUGGGGGUGGCUGCAGUGGCAGGCAUCAUGAUGGCUUCGUGGCAGGCAUCCUGUUUCCAUCUUGAGCUCCCUCAGGGCUCCCCAUCAGGGGCGGCUGUCAUGUGAUGGCUUGAUGGCUGCAACAUCCGUUGUUUACUGAUACGGCAGGCAACAUUUUUCAUUCUCAGUCACAUCCAUGCUACUGUUGUCAUUCAUUAGUCCAGAGCUGUAGGACAUGAAGGGGUGGUGUGGGACGGGAAGGGACACAGGGGGAUCGCUGCGCUACACCCAGUGUCUUCCUCACAGAAGCAGCUGCUUCAGUUGCCACGUCAGGCCCAGACAGGCAGGAGAGUUGGGUUGACUGCGGGAGUGGGAUGGGAGCAGGGCCACUUUUAGCUCCUGUGGCUGCCAGAGUUGAUCCGUUAGUUGGGCCAGUAACUUUCCUCCAGAAGCGUCCUUACCACGGGCAUUAGUCUGCAACGCACUCCGUGUUUGCUGGGCACUGGAGGCACCUGGCACAGGUGACCUAGGGGAAAGCAUCUGCAGUGUGGCCGGAACUGCUGGGCCUCUCUUCCUGGCUCCCCUGAAUUACCCUGACGGACGCUUCCAGAAUUUUGCAGCAGCCCUGGAAGCCUUUGUUCUUUCUUCAGAGUAAGGAAAUGGGAGACGGGGGUUGGGUAGAAAGGAGAAUCUUUUGAGUUCUAUGAAAGACCUCUAAUCUGAAGAUGUCUGGCUUUGAAAGAGACCCAGUGGCUAGUCACUCCACAUAUGGUAGAUAAUACUGUGUCGACAGCUCAAGUUAUCUGAAGCUCUGUGUGAAAUGGGAACCAACUCUUGCUCUCUAGGAACAGUGAGUAUCACCUUUCUCCCAGGGAGGCGAACUAAGCUGUGUUUAUUUCAUUUAUGCCUCCACACCCACCCUUUAAUGUCAAAAGUCACUAGAUUCCUUCUACCCUCAUCUCAUGCCCCCAAGAGUGUAAUUCUUAUUUCCCUCUACUCACAGCCUACACAGACAUAUAUGUACUACGUAACAUCAUCAGAAAUUGUCUGAUUUAAUUCAGGGAACACCUACCUCUCUAUUAGACUUUUUUUUUUUUUUUUUUUUCCCCUCGCCUCUGACAAUCUUCUACUUAGGCUUGUUGCAAGGGCAUUUUUCUUUAUCUGUGUCUGUAUACGCCCAGAGGUAGAGGUAACACUGAAAGGAAAAGAGAAGUGGCAGAGAAACAGGAAGAGAAAUAAACCCACAGAGCAGAAGUCCAAAGGCUGUGGUUUCCAAGGACUGCUAGCGGGUUGCGGGGCUAACCAGAAAAAUGAGAACCACUUAAUUCGAAAAGGAAGGGGAAAGCCUGAGACGAGAAGGGAGAUCAGAUCGGAAUAGAUUGGAUGGAGGGGGUGGGAUAAAGCCAGAGAAACAGCCUGGGUGAAACGAGCCGUCCGUCAUUCCACACCAGAACGCAACUUGCUAAGAUCCAUUGGCGUCUUGUAUGCAAAUGAGAAGGGCUUCCCGGAAGGCUGGGCUGAGCCAGACGCAUUCUGCUAGCAGCCGGGAUUCAGCACCGAGGCUUGAAGACCAGUGCGCGUUAAGAAGCAUCUCUGGCCAUCACCAAGAGAGGAUGGAUGCCACCCAGAAGCAGAGAAUAAAUGAGGAUUAAAGGACCCGGGAAAAGGAAGCCCUCUUGAGAAACUGUUGAAAUUCAAGAUUGGCAAAGGAGGUUCAAUUCCACCUCUUCACACUUGUGGUUUCAGGAACCGAUGGUUUCUCAAUCCCUGGAGAGAGACUCCUUCCCCAGGGAAGUGAAAAUAAUGAGCUUUUGGAGGUAUUGCUUUUUUGCUUUCACGGUGGUCAGUGUGGUUAUUUUUGUGAUACUUUACAAUAGCCAGUUAAGCCAGCCAAAAAGUUACGGGAGGCUGAAUAGUUCCAAUGAAAGGGAUUUUAGGAUGCAUGCCUGUAAUUACGCUUUAGAAGAUAAGUCAUCCUUUUUGUGGGAAAAGACACUGACAUCACCUGUGGGAAGUGUCCCUUGCAAGGACUACCUGAUCCAGAAUCACUACAUCACGAGCCCCCUGUCGAAAGAAGAAGCUGUGUUCCCUUUGGCAUAUGUCAUGGUCAUCCAUAAGGACUUCGAUACUUUCGAAAGACUCUUCAGAGCUGUCUAUAUGCCCCAAAACAUCUACUGCAUUCAUGUGGAUGAGAAAGCCACAACUCAGUUUAAGAAAUCUGUGUGGCAGCUACUGAGUUGCUUCCAGAAUGCUUUUCUUGCUUCAAAGGUAGAGCCUGUGGUCUAUGCAGGAAUUUCCAGGCUCCAGGCUGACCUGAACUGCCUGGAAGACCUUUUAGCUUCUGAAGUUCCGUGGAAGUACGCCAUCAACACCUGUGGGCAAGAUUUCCCCCUGAAAACCAACAGGGAGAUCAUUCAGUAUCUGAAAAGAUUUAAAGGGAAAAACAUUACCCCGGGGGUCCUGCCUCCCAAUCAUGCAAUAAAGCGGACUAAAUAUGUCCACCGAGAGCACUUAGGCAGAGGUGGCUCUUUUGUGAAAAAUACUAAUAUUUUGAAAACCUCCCCUCCACACCAGCUGACCAUCUACUUUGGCACUGCCUAUGUGGCCCUUACCAGAGAGUUUGUCAAGUUUGUCUUCCAAGACCAAAGGGCCAUUGAUCUGCUACACUGGUCCAAAGAUACCUUUUCCCCUGAUGAACAUUUCUGGGUGACACUUAAUAGGAUCCCAGGUGUUCCUGGCUCCAUGCCAAACGCAUCGUGGGCCGGGAACCUCAGAGCUGUAAAGUGGUUUGACAUGGAAGAUAAACACGGAGGCUGCCACGGCCACUACGUCCAUGGCAUUUGUAUCUAUGGAAACGGAGACUUAAAGUGGUUGAUUAAUUCGUCAAGCCUCUUUGCUAACAAGUUUGAGCUCACUACGUACCCCCUUACUGUGGAAUGCCUAGAGCUGAGGCUUAGAGAAAGAACCCUAAAUCAGAGUGAAAUUGCAAUACAGCCCAGCUGGUAUUUUUGAUCUACUGCCACUCACGACUGAAGGAAAAUCGCAGCUGGAAGGGAGAGCUUUUCUUUGUGAGAAAAACUUAGCCUGGGUUACAUGAACAGUCUCAGGGCCAAGGUUAUGGCUUCAGGACCUGACUACAUUAUUACAUGUUAAAAUAUUCUCUGGACACCGUGAAAUACGCUGUCAGGGUGGUUGUGCAGAGUGAUGCUGGCGCUUUGGCCACUCUGCCAGUUUCUCGAGGCUCGUCUCUGCAUCAGGCUAAAGUUCUCAUCAGUGAUAAACUGUCCUCGGAUUUGCAUCUGAUCUUCAUCGUAUAUAAAUGUUCUAAUGGAAAGGAGAAUUGUGGAUAAUACUAUUUAGGAGAAAAAGAACUGGGUUUCUUUGAAGAAGGAAUCUUUUGUAACAGAUCUCUAGCCACACAUUGAUGGAUAUCCCCUGCUCUUUGCUUACCUGCACGUAGGCAUAGAAAUCGCCUUUUGGGUAACUGACCAAUCUCCUUUACAACUUGAGCUCCUAGAACUGAGAACUAGAUCUUGUUCCUGAGUUUCCACAGUAGCAUUUUCAAGUUUCCUGUGUCUAAAGUUCUGUAUAGAAUUUAAAGCCAUUCACAGGAGACAGAAUUGGAGACAGCAGUCACUGCCUGCCUCUUCAGUAAAAGGCCCCCGGGGGAAUCAGUUUCUUGAAUAUUUGUCAGAAUGUGCUCUGAUCCCUCUUUCUUGUUUUCCAUUGAGAACAUGGAAAAGUUCUUGAAGCAUGAAGAAUUUCUAGAAGAGAGGUGCUGUUGCAUGGGUUUAGCCUCAAGCCUUGAAUAUCUCCGGGUGACCGAAGUGACCUUAUCUGCAAAGUGGAGACCAAAUUCUGUCCCGUGAGCCUUUAAGGUGUCCAUAGUGUGCUCUGGGUAGCUUUGCAAUGCCUGGGGGUCAUAGGAGUGCCUGGAUUUUUAAAAGCUUUCAAAUGUGUGUGAGCCUUUUGGUCACUUCGUCCCAUUCAUGUAUCCAAUUCAUUCAUUCCGCACCUGGUCAAUAAGUAUUUCUGGAGUGUUUAUUAUACACCAGACACGUGCAGAGACAAGGAGGAGAAGUAAGUCAGAAGCUUUUUCACUCUAAAAGUCCUGGCAAUAACGUCCACGUUGGAAAGGCUGCUCUAGAGAAUCUCACAGGGUGGUUGUAUUUUAACACCUUCAUGUGCGGGGUUGUAGACUGUGAUAUCAGGCCCAGGAUAUCAGAAAUUACAAAAUGAGGUCUAAAUCAGAGAUCAUUCCCAAGAGAGAAGGGAAGGAGGAGACGGAAGCCACAGCCAGUUGUGUUCUGUAGGUGCUCUGCUUGCUCCUUUACGUCUCAUGGCCUUCAAAUCUCACAACGCUCUUGGGAAGCUCGCAUGAUCUGCCUGAGAAUCGGGAUUCUCUUAUUGGUCUCCUUUGUUCAUUUCCUGAGGUGGAACAUUUAGAGAAGGUGAAGUAAAGCCAUAUUUAGCAUCCCAGAAUGGUCUCAGUGUUAAUAUUGAGAAAACGUCCUGUCACGUCAGAAAAAUGUGAAGUCUACUCUUAUAUUCCAUCCAGUUCCUUGAUAUUUAUUUAUUCUGAUGAACAACAGUAACUACAAUUAAUGAUACAUUUAAUCCACGCAACGUUAUUUUUUUCUGUAAUUGUGCCUGCUGAAUGUUAAUCACAUUUAAUGACUUUGAAUUUAAUGACUUCUAGUGACUUUGAAGUAAAGCCUUCUUUUUUCCUGCUACCGAAAAAAAAAAGAUGGAACUGUAUUGGUUGAUGAAGAGUCCAGGGGUAGGGAACACACCCAGAGCUAAAGGCAGAAUCUGAAGAUACCUUUUUUUUU